AUCAUAUUGACCGUUGUGUCAGUGGUGUUAUAGUAACAUAAACAUAAUAAAACAGCAACAUAACUUUUACAGAAAAUAUAUUACUUAAUAAAUCUGGCCUGAGGCUAUAGAUUAUUUCCAAUAAUAAAAAAAGAAGUACUAUUAAUGACAGGACACCUUAAUCCUCAAACUUCACUCUAUAAAUGAAUAAUUAUACAGUUUCAUUGUUUGCUGUAUUUAAGGGGCAUGUGUUAUAUCAAAUCACUCAAAGUAGGAAUUUUACAGUGGCCAGCCAGCCAUAUACAUGCAAUAGCUAAUAAUCAUUUGCACUAUAACUUGUAAAUUUGAACUCUGGAGGGGUAAAAUAUAAAAAUUUUAAAUUCCACUGUUUCUGCCUUCUAUGCUGAAACUUAAGGGUCAAGGCUAAUGUUGACAGAACCUGAGAUAUGAGGCAUAUCAUUCUCUUCUAAAUGAUUUGAAGACAUUUUGUGCUUUCAGAGAACAAAGAGUUCAUACGUCAUCCAGUGCUAUCUGCGGCCUCAAAUUCAUAAACAAAGGGCAGCUACUGAAAAAGCCUGAUCACCCUUGGAAUUUAAGCGAGAGCGAGGAAUGCAAGCUCACCUGCUACCUCUCAGUUUAAGAAUGUUCAUAUGGUGGGGGUAUCAGAGCUGGGAAGAUAUAUGCACAAAUGAUGGAGAUACGAGAAAAAAAGAGAGGCAGACUGACCCUGCGAAGUGAACUCUGUUUACACUUAGCAGAGGACACUUUGUUCAGCUAGGUUCACAUCACAAGAGGCUCUACAGUUUAUAUCAACCACAGCACUGGUGUUUCAGGAAGGAAACAUGCUGAGGGCCUCAGUGUAGCGCAGGCCAUUGUGGUAAAAAGCUGACAGCAUGUAUAAUUGUAUUUAUGGACCUGUUGCCUUUCCCAUGAACUUCCAUUGGACGCUUUUAUGUUUAUCAGUUAUACUGUCACUUUGUGUAAAGUGUUACUGCACAGAUGAAGAAACUGAAUCAUCAGGUGAUCAGGCAAGUCGCUUGAGACUCAUGUGGCAGAUCUCAAUGAGGAAAGCAAAGAUGAAAGAGAAAGCAGCUGUACAAUAUUCUAAUCGAUCUCAAGGGCUCAUCACUCAUCAGCUCCUCUAUUGCCGUGUUGGGAUUGGAUUCCACCUACAGAUUCUGACGAAUGGAAGUGUGUCAGGAGUGCACGAGCCAUCUGAGUACAGCACACUGAGAGUAUUUGCCAUGAGGCCUGGUGUUGUGGGUAUCCGUGGUGUCAAGAGUGAGCUGUAUUUGUGCAUGGAUGAGGAAGGAAUUGCACAUGGAAUGAAGCAGUUCUCAAUCGAGUGUCUAUUUAAAGAGCGGAUGGAGGAAAAUCACUACAACACCUACUCCUCUCUGGCACACCCAGGAUUUUACCUGGCUCUUUCACAGCAAGGUCAGCUGAGGAGGGGCAACAGAUUGACCCGACACCAGGCCCGCACACAUUUCCUACCUCGUCAACCCCUAACACACUAAACACUCAUGUACUGUUACACAUCAUAUUAUUUAACACAGUGGUAAUCAUAUUUUAUCAUAAUUAUCUAUAUUGUAAAAAUGGCAUUCCAAGAUCAUAAGUAUUAGAAUGCUGAAGAUAAAUUCUGAAAUUAUAACUAUCAUUAUGCUUUCUGUAAGUUGAAUCUUGAAUGGACCAUUUCAACAUUUUGGGUUCACUGUGCAAAAUGUGGCCUUAAGUUUGCCUUAACAUUAGAGUUAUAGUCAAUAGUCUCUAUUAUAGUCAAUAGAGUAUGUAGUGAAGUUUAUGAUUUCAAUGGCAAAAUUCUGCAUUCAUAAGUGCAAUCUCAUCAGCUGUACCCAAGCUUUAGAUCUUUAUGCAUGAUUUUGCCUCAGUAAUGUUGACUUAUAAAGCUGUUCAAACUGAAGAGCAAUUGAAUGCAUCAUACUUAUUUAUUAAUUAAUUUAUUCUUCUUUUGUUUUAAUGCUUUUUUCUAUGUGUUUAUUUUGUUUAAUAACAAAACUUUUACUUUUACAGCUUGUCCUCUCUAUACUAAAAAAUAACAUUAAGAUUUAUGCAUUUCAAUUUUAUAACAAAAUUCAAUUCAGUUGAAUUAAGUCAUCUU